GACAAUGUACAUCGUAAGGUCUUAUUUAUCAAUGGUGAACUGUGUGAUUGAAGCAAGAGAUUUCAAAAAAAAAUUGCCAGGCAACUGCCUACUCGCGAUUACGAGCAUGGUUGUUGUAAAAUCAUUAUCAGCUUUACUGAGUCGGGAAGCGUGUGUUUAGCCUAAUCACUGUUUGAUGUGUAUAACUAAUAAAAUUCGUUUCUAUCAAAAACAAAUGCCACAAUUGUUCGGUGUGUGAUAUGAUACUUCUCUUUGUAUGGGGAGAUAUUCUGAUCUCGGAUAGAAGAGCGUCUCGCUGCCCAACCAGACUAGAGCCAAUUGGCACUUGGAAGAAGCAACGUCGUUGAUUCAUUCGUGGUGUCAAGCCUUCAUCCACUUUGCUUUGGCGCAAUAUCUGUGCAUCGUUAUCACUAUCACUAGAGUGAUUUAUAUUGGCAAAUGCUAGACAACAAGAUGCACCCUUUCUUCGAUUCGUGUUUAUGGUGUUUGAAAAGUUAAUAUUUGUGUACUUCAGAAUACUACGGCGAAACACCCAGUUUUCUUGCAUGUUUUGCAUAUUACGACUAGGUGCUGUAAGUUUUUAAAUAAGACGACCAAAAUAACCACUGGACUAAAUCGGCGAAGCACAUGAUCUAAAAGUGAUAAAGUGUAAAACCAGGAUUAACCAUCAGCAACAUGGGGAAAAAUACGAGAUCUAAGAAUGCAGUACACGUAGACCAUGUUGCAUAUUAUCAUACGUAUAAGUACAACUCGCUUCAGAGGCUUAACAAAUCCAAAAGCAUGCAUGGUGUCAAACGCGUCGUAGCAUUUUGUAUACUCACAGCGGUUCUACCUGCUUCUCUAAUAAUACUUCCACUGUAUCUUCGACAUACGGUCUUCGCUGACGUCGUAUAUCCUAUUGCCGAAUCUGAUAUCAUUGAAAUUAGAGAUGGCAUUUCUUCUGUUUUUUGCCAAAGACACAUACUCCAGAUGAACACGAGUUUUAAUGCGUUCCAACUGAAGCAGAAACCAGAGAUCUCUCAGAACCGCAAACACAUUCGCUUAAAGAAAUCUAUGUCACUACCAGACGACACUUUAGAAUACUGGGGAUUCUAUUUGCUCAAAGGCGCAACUGUAGCACUGAAAGUUUGCUCACGAUACGACGGGUCACGCAUCCUGGUAGUAAAAGGGGAACGCAAUUUAAGAACAUGUGGGUUACUAGACCACAACAAGAACAAAAUUGGCACCCACUUCAAUAAGGAACAUGGCCAAGUGCUGGUAACUUUUGAAUCCGCUGCUGAAAUUGUUGAUUCAUCGGGACCUUACGAUAAUAAUUCCAAUCGAUACGUUCCGCCGGAUGCUGGUAAUCACGGAGGAGAAGAUCUUACCGAUGAAGACAUGACUGUAGAAGAAAGCGCCAACCAAAUAGAAAAAUUGAAGCACUUUGCACACCACAACAAAACCAAAUAUGCGGAAGAGUCGAAUGAUACAGUUACUAUAAGCAGUGUGAAUGAUAAAAAUGUAUCUGUUCGAUCAGAAAACCUCCCACCCGUUGAACGAGGUUCCUCAGUGGUACCAUACUCUAUACAACCCAAAGAGACUGAGGCUAGUCGUAAACGUUAUCACAGUUUUAAACGCGAACCGGAAAGCAAUAGCGCAAAAAGUCUGGAAAGCAAUGGAAACCAGCUGCAGGAAAGUCAACGUAAAAGACGUCAUCACGGCAGACACGGACAUCGUGAUAAGCUAGGUAAAGACACAGUUCAUGCAGACAAUACGCUAGGAAAAAAAUUACCGUCAGAAACAGCUGACACGAGAGCCAAACGUGAUACUGUUUAUGAUCGCCGAAUAAACCAUGGUGGCAAUGCAUUCAACUUUUCCAACAAUACUUCAGAUUCGGUUUCAAGCUUUGAGAACAGUUUGCUCACGUGUUACGAUGGUGAUAUCCUGUUGGCACAAAGCUUUCCACCUAGUCAUCUAUGCAAAGACGUCCAAUAUCUUGAAAAUGGAAUUCACAUGGUGACAAAGCACGAGGUAGCUUCUGAUGGUUACUACUAUUAUAUUUUCUACAGCGAUAACGAUUACGUACAGAACGACAUUCAUGCCGUUUUUGACAUUUAUAAACCAACCUUUCAAUAUUCCAACAUCUCGGAGUCGAAAGGAUGCGUCAACAGUACAAAUUGCUCAUUUCCAAUUCUCUUCUGGUCUGACGAGCGUGUGAUAGUCGAGGUACCCACCAGGGAUGGCAUCGAACACGAAGAAGACGAUAUUACUUUCUUGAUAUCGACGUGUCAGCCUCGAAUGGCCAUAUACGUUGUAUUUCCCAUAUCCGUCCUAUUUCUUGUUUUAACUUGUGCUUUUUUAUAGCUUUUAACCCUAUGGAGAAAGACUUGACGCAUUUGUUACAAUUUUAUUUAAAGCACGUAUUUAAUUUGUAAGCGAUUCAACCGAUAUGUUAAAAUGUAAUGACUCCAAUUGUAGCUAUAUUUAAGUGUAAUAUUACUAGCACAAUGUGAAAUAGUGUAAUCAAUAUAAAGAGAUAAUUAAAGUAGACAAUUCAUUUUAUUGUGAUAAAAAACUAGAAUAAUGCAUCACACUAGAAUUUUACAAA